AUUUUCAAUAAAAUGAAUCCUUCUAAUGAUCACAAUCAUAGACGUAAAAAGCGAGCAUAAUUUAAACACUAAGCCGGACCUUUUAUAAUAUUUUUUACAGUAUUAAUGCCAACUAAUUGUGUGAUUUUAGAAUAAAUUGUAUCAAUUAUGAAAAGUAUUAGUAUUUUGAAUUGAAAAUGGAUUCUAAAACUUAACUAAUAAAUGGAUUUUUAGUAUGCUUUGUUUAUUCAAUGGCUAUGUGGUCAUACUACUAAUCGAUUACAAUAAAAAAUUACUCAAUAGAUAAGGCUAUCCUAUUACAAGAUAAUAGAAGAAUUGAUCCUCUUUAUAAAAAUACUAAUUCCUGUUAAGAAUGUAAUAAAUGGAAACCAAUUCGAACACAUCAUUGUUCUCUUUGUGGAAAAUGCAUUUUAAAAAUGGAUCACCAUUGUCCUUGGAUUCAUAAUUGUGUAGGUUUAAGAAAUCAUAGAGCAUUUUAUCUUUUUACAAUGUAUAUGACAGUAAUAAUUCUAAAAUAUUUAGAUUGGUGCAAUAUAAUAUAGCUAUGCAUCUUGGGUUUAUUUUAGAUUUUUAUUUUAAAGUACUCAAGGUUUCUUUUCUCAUCAAUCAACUUUCUUUUAUAUUUAUUGGGGUUUAACAAGUCUUGUAUUAUAUCCGACUUGUGCAAUGUUAUGUUUCUUAUUUUUUUAUCAUACAUCACUAAUCAUUAAUAAUUAAACAACUUUAGAAUAAAUGAGGGGUGGUUCCAAUGGUAAUUGUUGUAUUUAAAAUAAUAAACCACAAAAAAGUAUUAAUUUGUUUGAUAGAGGAUUACUAUCAAACAUAGCUUGGUUUUUUAAUUAUUCUUAUUUUUGGUUUCUUCCAUUUGAAAACGUUUACAAAUAAGAUGGUAAGAUAAUAAAUAAUAUUGAGGUGGUUAAUAUCCAAUUGCUCCACUUUGUAGCCUAUAAGAUAUUUAAAUUAAUAAUCCUUAAAUACAAAUUGGACAAGUGCCUGAUUAAUAAUUUGAUUUUGAUAAAAUUGACUAAAAAUUAGAAGAAUAUAUGACUAUCGCUAAAUAGAAAUAUAAAAGUAAAAGAUUAGUUUUCAUUGGAAAAGAAAUAUAACUUGACUGA